GCGGCGGCAGGUGCAGAGUGUGGCAGGCAGUGCAUCCACCUCCAACCACGCCGCCGCGUGAGGUGAUGGAUGCGAAGAAGCGCUUGACCAGAGCACCAGGCUGAGCAACGUGGCACAGAGAGCAUUUCUGCCGUAUCCUCAAGCAGCAAGCAUCACAACCUCGCGCUAUCGAAGUGAGGCAGCCCACGACAUGGUACCGUCUCCUGCGGGGUAUUCCUACCAUCGACGACUGGAGCGCACUGUUCGGCAGUGCUAUCGUCGCACUUGGGGCACUGUAGCGUGUGCGCAUGGAAGUGGAGCGCGUGAAGACCUACGGCAGCAGCUGACCGUUCUUUCGCGGGCCAAGUUGUAUCCGGAUACCGUCCAGAGAGGGUGGUGGACAACAUGGAGCAGUUCGUCGCGGCUGUGUUUGCCGACCGAGAUGUGGUGUCGUUCUGCGGUCCUCUGCACAGCGCCGCGCUGGAAUGGAUGGUGUGGCUCCGCCCAUCUGCAGCGAAUGACUCGAUGCACUUGAAUGUGUACGUCCGUCGAAAGGAAGACCAGACAGAUUUCGACGCGUUCGACUUGACUGUGACCGUCGAUGUCCUUCAGAACCAUAUGAACGAACUUGGUGUGACAAGCGACCUGUCGUCGUUUGCGCUUUCCUUCAAGACCGCGCUCUCGGCACGUCGCAGUCUCAACGUCGACGAAGAUGAAAACGGCGCGGCCGUCGUUGAAAUCACGUAUGUGUUUGGGCCGUCCCUUACUCGAAAAGGAAUGUUUACCCUGCCGUCCGUCUCCAGCGCUUCCGUUCCGCGGCAUGUCGUGGACCUCUUGCAAUCGUUACGCACUAUUGUCCACGAAACCACCGAGGUAUGAACGUGCUCAACCCGACCAUCGUGCUUCCAUGAAUCGCUCCAGGAACAAACGUCACGUCGGGCGCGACGAUCAACGCUUCUCUUGUCCGCUGCCGCGGCCCCCAUUCAGCUCGCAACGGCGGGUUCUCCGCUGCCCCAUGCUGCAGCAGUCAAGCGCAAGCCCGUCCUUCCCCUCGGUGCCAGGCGCAAAGUCACCCGAGGAGCCAAAUUUGCAGACGAUGACGAGUAAUGACGUAUUCGACACACGCAAGCACUA